ACCCUGGUGGACCUCAAGUGGCGCUUCAGCCUCCUCGUCUUCAUCCUCGCCUACGCCGUCACCUGGCUCUUCUUCGGCCUCAUCUGGUGGUUCAUCGCCUACUGCCGGGGGGACCUGGAGCACCUGGAGGACCACGCCUGGACCCCCUGCGUCAACAACCUCAACGGCUUCGUCUCCGACUUCCUCUUCUCCAUCCAGACCGAGACGACCAUCGGCCCCAACAAACGGGCCGAGACCUUGGUCUUCUCCUCCCACGCCGUGGUCUCGCUGCGGGACGACCGCCUCUGCCUGAUGUUCCGCGUGGGCGACCUGCGGGACUCGCACAUCGUGGAGGCCUCCAUCCGAGCCAAGCUCAUCAAGUCCAAGCAGACGCAGGAGGGCGAGUUCAUCCCCCUGGACCAGACCGACCUGAGCGUGGGCUUCGAGACGGGCGACGACCGGCUCUUCCUCGUCUCGCCCCUCAUCAUCAGCCACGAGAUCGACGAGCGCAGCCCCUUCUGGGACGUCUCGCGGCACCAGCUGGAGAAGGACGACUUUGAGAUCGUCGUCAUCCUCGAGGGGAUGGUGGAGGCCACAG